AUGGCAUCUGCACUGGCUCGAUCAGUCAGGCGUCUAGGUCUCUCCGCGUCGGCGUCGUCAUCGCCAUCUUCUUCUACUGUGGAAAUACAGCGCAAUUUCUCAGCCAGCAUUCGACGUUCCGAUCAAGACAAUCAGAAACCGCAAUCCCAGUCGUCUGAAGAGGCUUCCUCUCCCUUCUCAUCGACCGGUGCUGUUUCAACCGAAUCGAAAGACACAUUAAGCACAGAAUAUCAGCCUCCUUCACAAUCUCGAGGACCAUGGCCACUCGAUUCCCAACCCUCCUCCGACGAGGCACCAUCUUCCAGCUCAAACCCAUACACAGGCUUAUUCGACGGAUCCAACCCAUUUCCCAAGGUCCCCGUCCCAAAACUUAGCCCGACCCGCACUUCCACCAAACCAGCUCCUUCGGAAAAAGGCAACUGGUUAUCAGACCAACUAGAGACUCUCUCCUCCCCCUCUCCCUCAUCCUCCACCCGUCACUCCCGAUCACGCUACGAAACUCCCGACGGCCGUCGCAAGCACUCCAUCCCCCGCUCCGUCCUAUUCGCAGAAUCUGGUUCCACUCGUCGAUCCGAUGGUUUCCGACCUCGUAUACCCUCCUCUUCCUCCUACCCCGUCAGAAGACGACUCGAUAGAACACCACUAACCCAACAAGAAGCAAACGCGUUCAUGUCUCUUCUCGACCAAGCUCUUGCCGGAACUUCGACCUCCCCCUCCUCCUAUUGGUCCCAUGACGAGGAAAGAGAGGAACAGACGCCAUUCGGAAACUACACUUCGCUCAUCAGCAAUCCUAAAACUCAAUCCGGCUCGAAAGCUCUCCUGCAGGCAUUUGCCAAGAGAAAUCGACUGCAGAGGUUUGAGGAAGCAAAAGCACAAAGAGCGAAACGCUUUGUUAGAGAGGGGUUGGCCGCCCAAAUCGAUCCCAUAGAAUUGGAAGCAGGCGUUGAUGAGGCGAGGGAGAGCAUUGCAAUGUGUAAAAAUCUCGGUGAGGUGCUCGAGUGGGCUAAGAAGGAGGUUUGGGGUAUUAAUUCCAUCACCACUUGCACUUCCACUGAUGAUGCGGAACAAGCCACUGGAGCAACUACAGAAAGCAAGGGUGAUGGACCGAAGUAUGGAAAAGAUACACCAUUUUAUUCCUCCGUCCUCCAGCUUCUUUUCCUAGCUAUACGGGAUCGGUAUAAUUUUCCACACGUAGCGCUUUCCAUCCCGCGCAUAACCCGUUGGCUUGGUAUUGAAUCCUACGUACUUGGUGUCACGGGCAGUCUAUACAACGAAGUGCUCAAAACUCAAUGGGACUGGCUAGGAGAUUUGCAGGGUGUAGUCUCAACCCUUCGACAAGCUAGAGAAACAGGCAUUCUUUCCGCUCCUCAAAGGUACUCGCCCAUCGCACCGGCAGUAGGGGAAGAGAGGAAAUUAAUGGGUUUUGCGACAAGCGAAGACGAAAGUAUCCGCGAAACAGUCGAUAGGAUCGCCAACGAGGUCCGUAAAUUCGUGCUCGAACAGCAACUCGGCGCUGAUGCUGGAAACAAAAGAGAUUUCUCAUUCGAUCAUAUCCUAGGCGAUCCUGACCAGCAGAUGAAAGCACAGGGGAAGAAGAAAGACUCAGCACAGGAUUGGAGUCAGAAAUGGUUGCUCGCCAAUGCCGAACAAGCAGCGACACUUGCUGGUCAGCCGUUUAGAUUGUUACAGAAACGUAUGCGCGACGAGGAAAGGGCGAACAGGGGCUGGUACAGUAGGUCCGCCAAGGGCGAUAGCAACGAACGUGGCUAUCGCAGUGAUAAGUAUGAUCGUGACAUCGACAGUGGUGGGGAGAGGAGAACGAAUAGGAUGUUUAGUAGAGCUGAAGGAUAUCAGCAGAGCGAUGAAAGAGGUGGUUCGAGGUAUUCAGGCUCACCUUCUUACGGUGCGAGGACGUCGAGAAGUCGAUUUUCGGAUGACUUGUAA